UAACUGAUUUACGUCGAUCCCCACUACGCGUUUUCUGACUGCCGUGCUAACCGCUAUUUUUUAACGCAUAAUGGCGUAAUACUAAAUUUGAUAGAAAAAAAUGCGAUGCGCUCUGGCCGCGGCAACUUUACAUUUUUCGAUCGAGAAAUAAACAAAGCAAAGUAAUUCAUGUUAUGUUGCAAUGAGCGAUAAAUCGACAAUGGCGGCAAUGUCCCCGUCGAAGCGGAGGUUACAAAAGGAGUUAACAUCUUUAAUACGCGAACCUCCACCAGGUGUACAUGUAGAUGAAGAUCUCACUAGUCAAAAUUUAACACAAUGGAUUGUUCACAUGGAAGGUGCAAAGGGUACCUUAUAUGAAGGCGAACAAUUUCAACUGCAAUUUAGAUUCAGUUCUAAAUAUCCUUUUGAUUCGCCAGAAGUGACUUUCAUAGGUGGAAAUAUACCGAUACAUCCACAUAUUUACAGCAAUGGUCAUAUCUGUUUAUCCAUUUUAACUGAAGAUUGGUCUCCAGCUUUGAGUGUGCAAAGUAUUUGUUUAAGUAUUGUAUCGAUGUUGAGCAGUUGUAAAGAAAAGAAGAGGCCACCUGAUAAUUCCUUUUAUGUAAAAACAUGCAGUAAAAAUCCAAAGAAGACAAAGUGGUGGUAUCAUGAUGACAAUGUGUAACAGCAACUGCAAAAGUUAUUAACAACUUGUCAAUGUGCAGUUAUUGCUGGACCAAGUGGAAUGACAUUUUUGUGUCUUAAGAUAAUUAUUAAAGUUUCAUAGAUAAAAUUGCUGAAGUAAUUUUAUCACAUAUUUAAAGAAUUAGGUGCAUAAGUUAGAAAACAAAAAAAAAAGCAAAGGCUGCAUAUUACUUAUUAUAAUAAAGAAGUGAUGUAAAAUGUGUGAGUUAUCAAAUUAUAAAUUAUUAUGAUGUUAUUAUAAAUGAUACAUAUUAUCCUGCAGUUGAAUAGGAAAAGUAUAAGUUACAAAAUACAAAAAUGCAGCCAAGAGAAGUGCACACACAAUACUGACAAGCAAUGAAAUUUCAUUAUUUGCGUAGGAAGUGCACUAUAAGAUGGUAUCAAAUUAAUAUAUUACAGUAAUCAUUAUUAAGAUAGUAUUCUUAAAAAUAUAGAAUGUUAUCACGCUUGUUAUCCUUUUUAUUUAAUAUUUCAUCUGUUACUGUGUUAUCAGUUUAAGUAAAAAAAUGUAUACGCAAUUAUUUUACCUGAAUAUUACGGUGUGCAAUCUAAAUUAAUUAUAAGCAUAAAUAUUAUACAAUCUGAUUGUGUAGUAUUACUUAAUUCUACAUAAUUUUUAAAGGCAAUCAGGAUGCUAUUCACUAUUUCACUAUUUUUUAAAUUGAAAUAUGUUAAGUUGCACGUAAUUUCUCUAGAAUUCUGACAUGUAUUAUUAUUAAUCAAUAAAACUCAACCUUUUAUAGAGUAAUGUAAGAAAUUAUGUCGAUUUCUUAUUAUUGAUACUACUAGAAAUGCUUCAGGGGUCUGAAUAAUAUUUGACUAGUACCGUUUCAAUAUUUUAUAAUGCUAUAAGUUUAAAAUAAUAUAUAUGAUACAAAGAGUUUGUAUUUGAUAAUUAAUAUGAUACAUUUCAAAAUAAAUUACUUAAUUCAAUGAUA